UGGCUCUUCUAUGUUGAUAGACGUUACCAUACAGUGGUUGGAGCAUGGAAUAGAGAGGAACAUGUCCUUCAGGGGACCGGCAUCCUUGUUAAUACUCAAGGAGUCCGAAAAAAGUUCCCCGGUUGGACAAAGGACCAACAGCUGAAAGGUGGGAUUUCUGCCUAUAAUGCAGGACUAGGAAACGUCCAGACCUAUCCAAACAUGAAUAUUGGCACAACCCACAAUGACUAUGCCAAUGAUGUUGUUGCACGAGCCAAGUAUUAUAAGAGAAAUGGAUAUUGA